CCAACUUCUGGCAUUUUGUUUGCGCAAUUGUUGCUGUGAUUGUGGGGGGGUGUACUGGAGCGAUCUUGAAGCGGGAGUGUGCUGCGAAGGGCUUGUUUGCGGUUUGUUAUUGCUUUCUUUGCGUGUGGUGGGUGGGUUUUUAAAAGUAGGUCUCUGCGCGCGGUUGCUGCUGCUUCUGCUGCUUGGUGGUGUGGUUUUUGUUUUUUGCUCUAGCUUUGGAGUUUGGGAUCUAUAUUCUUGCUCUUCUUAUGGUGCUUUUAUAUGGAAUUUCUCGUUAUAUCUUGGCUGCGCGGGUCCAGGGUAGGUUCAGCAUCGCCUUUGAGCUCAGCGCGAGCGAUCGCUGCUUUGUUUCACGCUUCCAAGGUAUACUCAUAUUUUUACAGUACUCGCCUCUUCGAUUCUCGUAGCGGAAGCUAUGUGCGCGAUCCGAAGAGGCGUGGUCCUUGUUUGCUCCCUGACGUGGUCACUGUCCAUGCUGGCCUUCGUGGAGCUCGCUGUUAGGAAACUUAUUGUGGAACGGCGAUAUAUAAGAGAUGGCCAGACUUAUACUCGCGGGCGGCAUCGCCCUUCCGUAGUAUUGCUGCGACUAUACAUCAUGGCUGGCAGCCUGGUAUGAGCUGCUCCAAGGAUAAAUGCUCUAGGACGCGCUUGUCGCCCCAGC